AUGCUAGUGCCGACAGAAGAAUACCGGCUGGCGACGCACAACCGACGAACCGACAAAUCCACGACAUCGACAAUAGCGAACAUCGGCGCAUCAAAAAACGAGUCGAGUCACCCUGCGUCGCGUCCCCUGCACACGACGAUCACGAACAAAAAGAGAGCCAUGUUUGCAGCCACGGCAAGACGACUGGCUCAGUCGGGCAAAGACUCUCUCCCCAAGCAGGUGCCCUUCACCGUGUUCAACAACCCGUACCAAGCACGCAAAGUAUGGCCCCCCAACUUCAAGGAGUUGAACCACGCACAGCAACUGCGCUUUGAAAAGAAGUACAAGCGUAGAAUAUUCCUGGCCAGCAGGUCGCCGCGGUGGGAAAAAGGCGUCAAGUUUGCGCAGCUGGCAACAAUCGCAGCCGCCCUUGUCUGGCUGCUCUUUUAUUCCGAGUUUGAAUGGUGGGGCAAGCAAUACAAGCCAUCGGAAGAGAUGCGCCGUCACGCGCGCAACCUCUUUGGAGUCAUUGGCCCAGAGAAGCGCUAUGAGCGACGACCGGAUGCUCCAGAGCCACAGCUGUCGACGCAACGGCCGGAAUCUAGACCCAAAUAA